GACAAGCUUUCUCAUGUUCACCGAUUGUCGCACAUCUGGUGUCUGGCUAUUCAGUAAGACAUCUGGUGUUUUUUGGGGGGUAAAAGCAGCAGGAGUGACGGUGCAUACAGCAAGGGGUUUUACGUGCAUGCCCAGACAGUCAUCCUGCACAGCAGCCCUCUGGACAAAUGUGCCUUCUUCUCAGCAUCAGAAUGCAGUUUUAACCCGACAUGUAGGAAAAAAACGGACAGAGGAACAUCCGCAUCACCUCGGAGGUGUUUGAACGUCUCUGUGGUCAUUUCUGCUGAAGGGGCGUGUGGCCUCAGUGCGGUAAAUUGUUGCAUGAAGCCAGUCAUUCUAAUCAUGCUGGUUCCAUCUCUCUGCCUUGUAAACAGAAGAUCCGGUGCUUCUCCUGUGUUUACACCGUGCUUUAGUCACCGAUCAUGCGCAGGUGACUCGACUGAAAGCACUUUGUGGAUUGUUGCAGCAGGUUAAGGACCAGACUGAAUAUCCAGAGACAAACAAAAUGCCAGAAAAACCAAUAAGAUCCUGCAGCCUGUGAAUCAUGGGAAAUGCCGAGAGCCAGAACGGGGACCAUAACCUCUACGGAAAUGAGCAUGGCUAUUUGUCACGUAAGCACAUGUCUCGCUCUCUUCGCAUCUCCAACAAGCAGUCCAGACGCACGAGACAUGCUUCAUCAGGGAAAAUAGAGCACAGGAACUCUGAGACGAGCACACGCUCAAGCAGCACUCCAAGUAUCCCACAAUCCCUAGCUGACAAUGGUCUGGAGCCGUUCAAUGAGACAAACAUACUUCCUGACUUUGGUAGUCCCAUUUGGGUGGACCGUGUAGCCAUGAACCUGCGCCCUGUGUCCUUCCACAAUGACCUGGCCAAUCUGUCUGUUCACAUGAAAACAAUGCAUGUAACCCUACCUAGCCCCACUGCGGACGAGGUGCAGGAUGAAGAUUUGUACACCGGCGAGGUGACUUACCUCCAGAAAACUCAGGAGGGCCUUAAAGAGAGUGCGAGCUUUAAGAAGAAGAGGUCGAAAUCUGCGGACAUGUGGCGAGAUGACAGCCUAGAGUUCUCUCUGUCGGACCUCAGCCAAGAGCAUCUGACGAGCACGGAGGAGAUCAUAGACAUGGCCAAUGAGAGGGACUUUACUGACUGCGAAGGCCACCUGCAUUCCAGUCCCACAGACUCAGCUGACAGGGCCAACUCACUCGACGAGCUUUACAGCCAGAAGAACCCCGCCCGUCAGAAAGCCCAACGCCGCUAUGCUAAGUGGCAUGAUGGAAACAGGGCAGUAAGGGAGGGAGAGGAUGACAAGAUGCUCUCUCCAUCAGAGGAGGAUGGGAACACCUACAGUGCAUACACCCUUCCCUGCCGGCGCUCACACUGCCUGUCUGAAGGCCUAAGCAGCCACCAAGCUGCCAUUUGUGCCAGUAUGCAGGGCAGGAGGGCACAGACUAUACAGGAUGUCACAGCCGGGGAGGGCAGCGAGUAUGAGGACAGUGGCAUCGACGGGGUGACAGUGGAGGCAGAGCACCAGUCCCGAAGGUACAAGACCAUGUCGGCCUCCUUCUCCGUGUGCUCCGCUGCCGGCAGGAGCAUGUUCGCUGGCAGCGACAGCGGCAGCAGCAGCGGUGGUGGGGCUGCCGAGUGUGUGCAGGGCGUGUACGAGAACUUUCGCCAGGAACUGGAAAUGAGCUCCUGCCAGACAGAAAGCCUGGAAGAGGCGGGGUCGGCCCUGAGUGAUGAGCAAAGCACUAUGAGCUCCGCCUACCAGUCUGACCCGUUGCUAAGUGUUGCCCAGGGGAUGGUGCGCAAAGCUGGCAGGCUUGCUGUCAAGAACUUCCUCGUGCAUAAGAAGAACAAGAAGGUGGAGUCAGCCACGAGGCGCAAGUGGAAGAGUUAUUGGGUUUCCCUGAAAGGCUGCACUCUUUUCUUCUAUGAGACUGAUGGUCGCUCAGGGAUCGACAACAACAGUAUUCCAAAGCAUGCCAUCUGGGUAGAGAACAGUAUUGUCCAGGCUGUGCCGGAGCAUCCCAAAAAGGACUUUGUGUUCUGUCUCAGCAACUCCCUAGGAGAUGCUUUUCUUUUCCAGACCUGCAGCCAGACAGAGCUGGAGAACUGGAUCACCGCUGUCCACUCUGCAUGUGCCACCGCCGUCGCCCGCCAACACCACCGAGAGGACACGGUCCGCCUGCUUCGUGCCGAGAUCAAAAAGCUGGAGCAGAAGAUAGACAUGGACGAGAAGAUGAAGAAGAUGGGAGACAUGCAGCUGUCUGCUGUUACUGACACCAAGAAGAGGAAGACGAUCCUGGAUCAGAUCUUCUUGUGGGAGCAAAACCUGGAGCAGUUUCACAUGGAUCUAUUCCGCUUCAGAUGCUACCUGGCCAGUCUGCAGGGAGGAGAGCUGCCCAACCCCAAACGCCUCCUGGCCUUUGCAUCUCGCCCCACAAAGCUGGCCAUGGGACGUCUGGGGAUAUUCUCCGUCUCUUCCUUCCAUGCAUUGGUGGCAGCUCGCACAGAGACCGGCGUGCGACGGCGGACACAGGCCAUGUCACGUUCCUGCAGCAAGCGCAAGAGCAGGUUCUCCUCUCUCUGGGGUCUUGACACUACCUCAAAGAAAAAAACAAAAGCUCAUCCCAGUAUCAACCAGCAGGUCUUUGCUGAUGGCGAAGAGCCAGCGAAGAAGCCUUUGGAAGGCACAUUUGUUGAUCCUGCCAAUGAACACACGAAAAGUGAAGGUGGAACUGUGAAAAGCUUUCCACGGCCAAGCACGGAGAGUGACCUGUGGGUCCCUGACCACCUCACUCCUUCCUGGGUGUGUCUGCCGAAUGACCAGCCAGUGCUAACAAUCAUCCAGCCCGGGGAGUCGGCACUGUGUGUUCUGGAAACCAUUUGCAAGGCUCAUCAACUGGAUCCUACUAAGCACUACCUGCGGCUUAAACUCCUUAUUGAAAACCAAGUGCAAUUCUACAUUCCCAAACCAGAAGAAGAUGUGUGCGACUUGCUUUACAAAGAAAUUGAGCUCUGCUCCAAAAUAACUAAAGUAAUCCAGUUCGACCGAGAUGAAUCCUGCAUGAUUGGUUAUGGUUUCUCCAUUUCAGUGGUGGAGGAGGAUGAAGUACAGCAGCUCUACAUCACUGAUGUGAAGGCAGGCGGAUUAGCCUUCGCCAAAGGUCUAAAUGCUGGGGAUGAAAUACUUCAGCUAAACGGAAAAGACUCUCAUAGUCUCAACUUCUCCGACAUGAAGGCAGCAUUUUCUCAAGCCUCGCUUGCAUUGACAGUCAACACCCUUCCUUCUGUGGAACGCCGUCAGCUCUGCUACCUGCCACCACGCCGCUCAGACGCACAGGAAGAUCUCUACACAGACAUUUUCUCACAGAGUCAAGAGGAGAUUCUUGAUGACGGUGUGGGACUGUUGCUUGAGAGCUCAGGAGACAGCCUGGAUGAAGACUCUGAGAUCUUCAGUGAGUUUGAUGAGUGCAGAAAGAGUACAGAGCAAGUCGCUGCUUUCUGUCGCAGUCUCCAUGACAUGAAUCCCUCGGAGUGUGUGUCCUCUUCGCCUAGCCCGGACUCGCCCUUUCCACCUCCUGCAACUCUGCGACUGCUCUCGGAUGCCGACAAGCUCCGCAAAGUCAUUUGUGAGCUGGUGGAGACCGAACGCACCUAUGUCAAAGAUCUCAAUUGCCUCAUUGGGAGAUAUUUAACCCCACUGCAGAAAGAGACCUUCCUCACUCAGGAUGAGCUGGAUGUUCUGUUUGGGAACUUGCCAGAAAUGGUGGAGUUCCAGGUUGAAUUUCUUAAAACCCUGGAAGAUGGGACUCGACUGGUUCCAGACCUAGAGAAGCUGGAGCGAGUGGAUCAGUUUAAGAAAAUCCUGUUCUCUCUGGGAGGCUCUUUCCUGUACUAUGCAGACCGUUUUAAAAUCUACAGUGCUUUCUGCGCAAGCCACACCAAAGUCCCUAAGGUCCUCGUAAAGGCCAAAACCGAUGCCGAUUUCAAAGCCUUCCUGGAUGAGCGAAACCCCAAGCAGCAGCACUCCUCCACCCUGGAGUCAUACCUGAUCAAACCAAUUCAGAGGGUGCUUAAGUAUCCCCUGCUGCUGAAGGAGCUGUACUCACUCACAGACCCAGACAGCGAGGAGCAUUACCACCUUGAUGUUGCCAUGAAAGCCAUGAACAAAGUUGCCAGCCACAUCAAUGAGAUGCAGAAGAUCCAUGAGGAGUUUGGAGCAGUGUUUGAUCUGCUCAUCACUGAGCAGAGUGGGGACAAGAAAGAGGUUGCUGAUUUGUCCAUGGGUGACCUGCUUCUCCACACCACUGUGAGCUGGAUCAACCCCCCAGCCUCUCUAGGAAAAUGGAAGAAAGAGCCCCAGUUGGCUACAUUUGUGUUCAAAAUGGCAGUGGUCUUCGUUUGCAAAGAUGGAGCCAAGCAGAAAAAGAAAAUUGGUGGCUACCAUCGCGUGUCUGAAGCUUCUGAAGAAAAAGACCCCUUCAGAUACCGUCACAUGAUCCCAACUGAUGCCCUCCAAGUCAGAUCCUUGGCGAAUGCAGAUGGCGAGGGCUCUGCUGUGUGUGAGAUCGUCCACACAAAGUCAGAGUCAGAGGGGAGGCCAGAGAGGACGUUUCAGCUGUGCUGUAGCUCUCCAGAGAGUAAAAAAGACUUUCUGAAGACAGUCCAUUCCAUCUUGAGAGAAAAGCACCGCCGGCAGCUCCUUAAAACAGAGAGUUUACCCCUUAACCAGCAGUAUGUGCCCUUUGGAGGAAAGCGCCUCUGUGCCCUGAAGGGAGCCCGUCCUGCCAUAAAUAGAGCAGCAUCUGCCCCUUCCAGGACACUCGGCAGAAGGAAGUUGGUGCGCAACCGCUUCACCAUAGACACAGACAUUGUUUUUGAUGGUGAGCCCGAACAGGACCCUGCUUCACCACAAGAGUCUGAUUCAAACAGACUAAAGAAGGAGGAUGAACCCGAUCAGCAGCAGCAGCAGUCCGAGGUGGCAGGUGACACAGAUCGCUGGGUGGAGGAACAAUUUGACCUAGAGGAAUACGAGGACCGGGAAGAGGUGAAGGAGACUGACAUCCUUAGUGAUGAGGAUGACGAGUUCAGCAAGCCUCCCAGAAUGCCAUCCGCUGAGGAUGACCUGGAGGCUCCUGUCAUGGCUUUAUCCUUGGAGGGUGAGGAAACCGAGAGUGAGAGCCUUAAAUCCCCAACAGUUGGUGAAACACCUGAUGAUGAUGAUGAUCUGGAGGGUCAAGAGCAAGCAGUGAAAGAUGACAUUUGGGUACGAAGGGAGAAAUCAGGUUCUUCCUCUGACUGUGGCACAUAAAAGCUGACGAGCACAGGCUGAUAGUGAGUGUCUUAGACAGCUUUACAUGGGCUCCAUAAGAUCAGUCAUCAGUCUUCACAAACAAUGCAUGGGCAUUGACGUAUAUCGCACAGCUAGAAGAUAUAUCCCUCCUUACCUUACUUUGCUGAAUGCUUUUUGUACAGGUAGGAUCAUCAGUGGAGCAAUACAGGAAUCAAGAAUGAGGGAGCUUUAUCCCAAAUGAAAUGCUGUUACAUAAAAGUCAAGUGUAAGCUUUGAAAGAUGAAUUAUUGGUACAAUCAUGGAAUCUAAUCAGUUGCUUCGAUUGGCAUGGUUUGCACAUUUGGGCAGCAUUCUAUAGUCCUGCCUGCUGUUGCCAAAUUUGGAUAUUGUGAAAACAUGAAUAUUUGUUUGUCUAUGUGACUCAGAGAUAUUAUCAUAGUUAAGGGCUGUAUAUUUUUUGUCCUUAAAGAAAUAGAAUAAUUGCUAAGGACAGUCAUGUAUUGCAUAGUUAACUGUACUUGUAAAAAUAUUUUCACAUGAAUAUACACUGAGAUGUUAUGGGAAAGAUUUCCUGGUUGUGUAUAAUAUUAUUUUGACGUCUUGUUUUACAGUUUAAAGCUAUCUUUAAAAACCAGAUGAAUUUUGAUUGUUCUCUUGUUAAAGUUGAGUUACGUAAUAUCUCCUUUAUUAACAGUCACAAGGGGAUUUUUAUUUUUAUUUUGUUUUAACUUAACAUCAUCCUGUUUUACUUGAAUUUGCUAUUUCAUGUUUUUGUUUACUGUGAAGCAAUGUUUUUGGGUUUUACCUUUUUACUCUUCAGUAUUGCCAUUUAAUGAACGCUCGAUUUUACAUUUCAUUUUCAACACUGAACACUAUUGUAGAGAAUUUCCUCAUCAGCUAUUUGUAAAAUGUGUUGUUUUUUUUAAACUGUUCACUGGUAAUUGAUUACAAAGUAAUGCUUUUUUUAAUUUAUUCUCAUGGAAAUUAAUUACACAUGUACAUUUGUUGGCAAAAACAUAAGCAGCAUUUUUUUUUCACAGGGAGAGUCCAAAUUUGCUCAUGCAAUCAAGGGGAAAGUCUUGCAGUAUGCCUGAACAGUGAAAGAAGUCAUACUUGUAAACAACUCAAUGUGCUACUAAGACUGCAUUUUUAUUACUGUGUGUAUAUAGAAGAAAUGUAUUGAUAUCAUAAUAAAUACAAUUGUUUCUUA